AUGGCAAUGCUUGCUUCAAAGUCCCCAUACCCCACGCCUUCUCUGGGUGGAGGAUCAUCGCAGUCUGCCACCCAAUACACAUCUGGCGCUCCCGGCUACCGGAAUCAUACCACGACCGCUCGAAAUGAGCAUGCCUUCUUCGUGUCCCCGACCGACUCCACAUUCUCCGAAGAGCUCUAUGACGCCCCCGACUCUGUGAAGAACUGGGAUGAAAACAAAGUGGGCGACUGGCUGAAGCGUAUCAACUGUGCCCAAUAUGUGGAUUUGUUUAAGCAGAACCACAUCAAUGGCGAGAACCUCAUGGAGAUGGAUCAGAGCCACCUGAAGGAUAUGGGCAUAAAGAAAGUCGGCGAUCGUGUCCGCAUCGGCUCCCAGGCAAAGCAGCUCAGGAACAAGGAAUACAAGAAAGCGUCCAAGCGCUCUUCCAAUAGGCAAUCCUUGGCUACAUUGGAUAACACCGCAUAUACACCACCCUCAUCAGGAUCUCCUCGCCCGUUGCCCUCCGGUCGGUCGCUGCCAAGCUCUAGGUCAGAGAAGCGUAUGUCAACCAUGUUCACAGGAUCGGAUCUCAAAUUCUCGUCUUCGUAUGGUGGCAAGUCUCCUUCACGACCUAGCUCACCCCUUGUGGAUCAAGAGAACAGAGGACUUCGACCCCAGCGAUACGGAGCGUUGAAUAGCCCCAAGGAUGGAAAGGGCGAACAUGGCGCAUAUACUGGGCAUCCUCUCAGCGCCUCUAGCAGCUCUGCUAACAUCCCCGGCCGUUACGGAGCCACAUCGAGGACGACACCGACGGAGACCCCUCAAACCGCUGUCUUCAAUCAUAGCAGGGGUAUGAGUCUGGACAGUGCUACCAACAGUGCCAUCCUCCCCAACGACAAGGCCUUGAUUCGAGUCAUCUUCGACGGCGGCCGUUCGUCUGUCGUACAAAUCGAGGGAUGCAAGUCUGCCGACGAUAUCAUCCUGAAGACUUUGAAGAAGGGCCAGUUGAAUGAGGCCCAUGUGAAGAACUAUUGCUUUUACGUACUGGAGGGCUCAGAACCUAACCCUGCACUUUGUCGCCGACUGACCGACAUUGAGCUUUUCCGCCUGUGCAAGGACUACAAUAGACAUGAGCGAGGUCGACUCAUCCUGCGAAAGAUCCACACCGGCGAGCCGGAGGAAGAACAGUUGAAGGCAGCUGCCGGUAUCUACCAACAACAGGGUAUCCAGCAGAACCAGAAUAUCAUCCUGCCGUCCAGUAACCGAAGUCAGUUGAAGAUUCAGCAGAUUACCGGAGAAUCAUUGGCUGCCGUUAGCUACCCCCUAUCCCCCACCUCCGCAAGAGAACGCGAAAGACAUAUUCACUCCACAGCACAAGACCUGGAGGGUCCCGCCCGAUCACCCAUUCAAGUACAUGCUGCGCGCGCACGCAAGCUCAAGCAGUUCUACGGUGCACGCCCACCAAGCGAGUUGAUCACCUCAGACCUCACAUCGUACUUCCCAGAUGUCGAGAAGGAUGAAAUCGAUAAAACCAUCCGCAUGUCUGUUCGUCGCUCACGUCGCCUGAGCCGAGCAGCUUCUCGUCUGUCGAUGGCUUCGAACUUCAGCGUAGCAUCAAGCCUGCGGGAUGCCCCUCCUCUACCCUCCAUCGCCGACAACUGGCUGCAAGGUCAGGCUCGACCGCUUCGCCCCUUGUCUGUCAUGAGACUUGGUCUGCCUUCUCAAUCAGGCUAUCGUGAUUCAAUGGCAUCCUCCGUCCUGGAGCCGCUCGAAGAAGAAUCUCCCCUCGAACCGAACCGGAAAUCCUAUGUCUCGUUCGGAGGUGACAGUGGAUCGGAUACACUGGCCGUCACAGACCCUGAUGGACAGACCACUUUGCAGUCAUACUUCGACGAUGGCGGUAGCAGCCUUACAGGUAGCAGUGCCGGCAACACCGAGAAUGGUGACUCUCUGAACAAACGUCUUUCCCAAGCUAUCGCCGACGAUGGAGAGGAGUAUGACGACGAGCUGGCCGAUUAUCUGGAACAGGAUUCCUGGGAGAAUGUCAAGUACAUGAAGGGAGCCCUUAUCGGCCAGGGCUCUUUCGGAAGCGUGUACCUGGCACUGCAUGCCGUGACAGGUGAGCUCAUGGCUGUCAAGCAGGUUGAAAUGCCUUCAGCCACCUCCCUCAUGGAUCAGAGAAAGACGAACAUGGUCGAAGCCUUGAAGCAUGAGAUUGGCCUCCUCCGUGACCUCAAGCACAAGAACAUUGUGCAGUAUCUUGGCUCCAACUCCGACGACAGCCAUCUCAACAUUUUCCUCGAGUAUGUUCCUGGUGGUUCCGUUGCCACUAUGCUCGUUAACUACGGCCCUCUUGGCGAGUCUCUUAUCCAAAACUUUGUACGACAGAUUCUCCAGGGACUAUCAUACUUGCACUCUCGCGACAUCAUUCAUCGUGAUAUCAAGGGUGCCAACAUCCUCGUCGACAAUAAGGGCUCCGUCAAGAUCUCCGAUUUCGGUAUCUCCAAGCGUGUGGAGGCAUCGACCCUACUGAACGGACCGAGCGGCGGCAAGAAGGGAGCACAGCGUGUCUCCCUCCAAGGCUCCGUUUUCUGGAUGGCUCCCGAAGUCGUCCGUCAAACUGCGUACACGCGCAAGGCAGACAUCUGGUCGCUCGGCUGUCUCAUCGUGGAGAUGUUCACGGGUAGCCACCCGCAUCCCAACUGCACCCAGCUUCAAGCCAUCUUCAAGAUUGGAGGCAGUGGUGAUGCCUGCCCGACUAUGCCCGAGACCGCGGGAGCUGAUGCUCAAGCUUUCCUGGCACAGACGUUCCUCAUCGACCAUGAGAAGCGUCCAAGUGCUGAUGAGCUUUUGGUCAGCCCCUUCUGCGCCGAACAGGCAGCUUAG